CCUUACCUGAUCAAAAAUAAAAUAAAAAAUAAAAUAACUACACUAGUUACCUCACACACAAAAGCAGAGGUCAAAAGGUUUUACAAAUAAAACGGCGUCAAAGUACCACAAACAAAGCAAACACAAAACAAACAGUACUCACAAAUCUCAGUAGUCACAAACUUUAACACAUACAAAAAGUCCACACUAUCCAACAUACAAACACUUUAAAGUAGGGAUGGCUGAUGUCAAACGUUUCGUUGACGUGUCGAGAUCCUGAAGCGCAAGUGUUUCAAAACACUGUACCGAAGACCUGGCGAAUGCGCGUUUGUCUCUCCACUCCACUAAAUCACUUGAAGCCUUGACUCUACAACAUGAGGAUUAAACCUUCACUUUGCUUAACUGUUUCCUUACUGAAGCUGUUCCAGAGCAAUACAUAAAAGAUGACCACUGACGGGUUUUGAAACAUUUAGAAGCUUCGACACAUUUGUUUCAACUGUUUCAGUGUUUCAUGAAGCUUCACUUUGCCCACCACUACUUCAAAGAAUACAAAGCAAGUGACCAAAACAAGAUGGCCGCCAAGCAUACCUGCCAACACUCCCGUUUUUUCUGGGAGUCUCCCGUAUUUCAGACCCAUCUCCCGGAAAACUCCCAGAAUAUCCCCCCACCCCAACAGCUUUUUGGUAUAGUCCCCAUGCACACUGAACACAACGCGCAAACACCUUCUUACACACUCUCCACUUUUCACUUCGCACGCAGCUCUGCCGCACCACCACCUUACGCUCUUCAAUCGGAAAUAGCAAAUCAGAUGUUUUUCAGUCAGAGUAGAGAGACUUUACAACCUUAUGGUGGUAACACUAUUGUUUCAGUUAUCUGUCACCCAUUUGAUGUGUUCACAUGCAAUUUUUUGGUCCAGAUGGGAGCAGACAUAGAUGAUACAAGUUGACAACAAGGUUGGUUUUUGUUGGCACUUGAUCUUUGGCAUCAGCUUGAUGUGUCCCGGCCUUGAGAAAACUAAACAACAGUGCAAAAGAAUGUCACAACCUCUGAGCAAAGCCCUUUAGACAAGUGUAUCGACAAAAGAAAACAAAACAUUCAAUAAAGGUUUUGGAUUAGACAUUUGACAGAGCAGGCCUUUGACUGUCGGCUUCAACACCUGUAAUAUCCACCUCUUCGAGUGAACCUCGAAAAGUCCUGAAAAGUCAUUGUUUAUGCAGAGGUUAAAUGCUGAGGGUCUCUACCACCACAGCAGAUGAGGACACUUGAAUGAAUUGAGGAUCUUCUUGAGCAACAAGGAAACACAGAGAACAUUCUGUGCAUAAAAGCAUGCACGCAUACCCCAAGAGGAUCAGCGUACUCCAAUGGCUUCCACAGUCUCCAGAUCUCAAAAGAGUACUUCUGAGAUUGAAAUAAGGGUCAUAUUCAUACCAAGAAUGUGAAGCUCAUGGCGUUGAAUGAUGCUACCUUAUCAAAAAAGGCCAGAAUCUUAUAAAAAAAAAAUUGUUUAUGUCACUAAGAAUACAGGUUGUUCUGGGGACAUAAAGAUUUAAUGAAGCUGAACACCAUAAUAAAAACAGCAUGAAAAGUGAACACAAAACAGUAAACAAAAUUGUUUUUACAUUUCAGAUAGGGAAAUUCUCAGAACAACCAAGACUGCCACUAUUCGCGUGUAUUUUUUGAUAUUAUCAGCAAUGAGUGAAUGAGGUGUAAAACAGGAAAAAAAAAAUGACGAUAAUCACUACUGAUCUAUGAUCAGCUCUUCCUCUAUUAGUCUCUAAUUGGAAAGCUGUUAAGUCAGUGAGACUGAUCUGGAUGCAGUUCAUAGAGUAGAUUCUAUCAUUACGGUUUUGCACUUCCUAUAAAAGCAGAGCUCAACAUAUCUGAGCUGCACACUGAGUGAAACUGAGCUGUCAACGAUGAGCAUCAUUUGGCAAACCACUAGUCUGCUGCUACUGCUGCGUUGCUGUGCUCCAGGUUUCUGCAUGCGAGAUGGGAUUGUUGGUGGGAAAGUGUCCAUUCCACACAGUCGACCCUACAUGGUCUACAUUAAGGACUCAAAUUCAAAAUUAGCAUGUGGCGGUUUUUUGAUAAGAGAGGAUUUUGUGCUCACAGCAGCCCACUGUAAACGAAGUCAUCUAAAGGUCUAUUUGGGGGUCAAUGACACCCACAUUUUACCUCACGGCAUCGAGGUAGAAGCCACACCACAUCCCAAAUUCAAUAAUGCACCAGGCGAUGACAUCAUGCUUCUAAAGCUUAAGACGCCGGCAACCUUGAACAAAACUGUGAAUAUUAUCACCUGGCCAGAAUGUGAGAAUAAGGAAAUCUCGAAAGACUGCAUGGUCUUGGGUUGGGGCUGGCAGGAUUAUGUUGACGGGUGUCCAUCAAGUGUCCUCAAAGAAGCGAAUGUGACUCUGAUAGACUUUAAAAAGUGUGGCACUAAUUACACCCUUUGCACUAACGGAUCAAUUGGACCAGCAAAGGUAUUUUAGAUGAUUGGACCAGCAAAGGGAGACUCUGGAGGUCCACUUGUUUGUGGAGAUGCUGCACAGGGAAUUGUGUCUUUUUACACAGAGUCAUCUGGAGUAUACCUCACAAGAUACACUCGUAUUUCUCACUACCAUCAAUGGAUUGAUCACAUCAUGAAUAAAACUUAUCAGCAGCAACUGAAGACAUGGAGGGGGAAGUUGUAUGAACUCAUUUAGUUGUUUGGUCCAGAGUUAAUCAUUUAUGUUUGGUUUUAGUAUUGCGGCAUUAAACGUGAUGUAUAUGCAAGUUAAAAAUAUAUGUUUAUGUGAAACCAUUCAACUGAUUCAAAAAGCAAUGUUUUUUCCUAUUUCUAAUAACUACUGAGCAUUUGUGCAGCUGCAGGGCACCACUGCCACCUUGUGCUGAAAGUGUAUUUUAUAAUUGCUGAAAAAGGAUGUUUAGGAAAAAUGUGUAAUGCAGAUAACAGAAUAAAAUACUAUAAAGAAAAAA